CUGUGAUGAAGCGGGGAAUAAUGGCAGGGCCUUCUCCGCUGUAGAGUUAGGGUUGCGCUUUUAGUAGCCUCUGGGGGUCUGCCGAAGUCCAGGUUUCGCGAUUUGGCGUAACCAUGUGUGGACGUUAUUGGUUCUGUUUUUGAUCUGCCGAAUUCGCAAACUUUCCUGGAACAGGGAUUUUUUACAUCUUUUUCGGCAUGCCGAAUUCGUGAUUGAGGGAGGUUCAGUUACACAGAACUACUUUAUCUAUCCGAGGUUAGUCGACCAUGAGGAGAAACAAUGUUUGGGGAGAAUGAGUCAACGAUGGCCACUUUUACAUCGACGGGCUUCGAGUCUGGACAGCAUGACAGCCUUCAGACACACAGGGUUGCGCUUUGGUGCUGGGAAGCACUUGGGCAAGGUUGGUCGGAACUCUAUGGCAGGCGAAGUUGAAACCACUCUGCGAGGGUCAGGAACAAGUACACUAGUGUUGUCCACAAUGCCUUGCUGCUUGGAGCGCUUGGCUCCUGUACCAUUCGCCGGCAGUGGCAGAAAGCUAGGAUUUCGUGGUGUUAGCCCAUCGUAUUGCGACGGGCUUUCUCUGGGGCUGUGCUCAUUAUCAAGAGGUUAUCAGAGGUAUCAUAAAGUUGGUGGUAAGAGUAGCAGGUUGGAUUUCCAUGCAAUAGUCAAUAAAGUGGAAAGGACAACUAAAUCUGCUUUAGGUUCCCGAUUCAUGGUGAAUGCAAGAGAUUUACAUGUAAAACAUUUGCGACCAUUUUACUUUCAUGGUUGGCCGAGUUUAGUCGAUUGUAGUUUUUUUAUGCGGGAAAUAGAUUCAAGAAGAUUAGUGAGGAUUCCUAAUUUAGGAUCAUUGACAGAAUGCGUGGCAUCGUUACAUGAUGGAGCAUCUGUUGAUGAAGAUGUCUGUUCCGAAUUAGCUUUGACGUCCAAUUUAACAGAGGGGGUUGUCUGGGAGGAGAUAACUACCUCUACUAGAUCAUUAAAUGACGCAGAGCGUGCAAGUGAAAGUCCCUCUGUGUUUGGAGCCAGUUGUGAAGGCUUCAAAGAAGAUUCGUCUAUGGAGGGACCGCAUGAGAUUCCUAUUGAGUCGCAAGUGGAUCCAACAAUCAUAGUGUUUGACAUUGAAACAACAGGAUUUUUAAAGCCCGGGAGUAAGAUCGUUGAGUUAGCUUGCCGAGAUAUCGCUGGAGGAGACUGCAGCACACUGGAGACUCUGGUUAAUCCAUACCAACCCGUGCCAAUAGCAUCCACCGCCGUCCACAAGAUUACAUCUGAAAUGGUAAAUCGAGAUGAUAUUCCAAGCUGGACAGAAGUUAUGACUGCAUUUGUUGACUUUGUCGAGAGUCGGCGAAUUGGAAACUCUGAUGUCAUUUUAGUCGCUCACAACGGAAGAAGAUUUGACGUGCCAUUUAUCAUGAAAGAGUGUUAUGAAUGCUCCAUGGAAAUUCCUUCUCAUUGGUACUUCAUUGACACUAUCGAUCUUGCCAAGGCAAUGCUGAAGAAGAGAUUUGGAAAGACGAAAUUAUAUAACUUGCAAUUCCUUUACUAUGAUUGCUACAAACUACCACGCCUCGAGGAUGCCCACCGUGCGGGUGUGGAUGUGGAUAUGCUAGCCAGCGUAUUUGGUAAAUUAUUGAUGGAGCUCGAGAUGCCCGUGUCUGAGCUUCUGGAUCAAGCCUUUAAGGCGAGUCACAUAGAGUUGAAGCCAGAUCUUCUUCUACGAGAAAAUAAUGACCGGUACACAUCUCUCUCAAAGGAGGUAGACGAGACCCUUUUGGAGCAAUCUAUGGUGGAUGUUAUAAUUUGUGAACGGAAUGUAGAUCCUUUACCAGAUAGCAAAGUGAGAACAUUAUUAGAACCACCUGACCAAGGACAAGACGUUGAAGCCAUAUGUGUAAGUUCAGAAUAUGUGGAGACUGAAGAGUCCUGGGAAUCCACUACAGGCAGUAUCACUCUUAACCAUAGUUUCAUGAGCAAGGACUCAACUGCCUAUUCAGAUGGAACUCGAAAAAUAUUUUUAAAGAAAUUUGAGGGUUUUGAUACUCAGACCUUUACCACAGCUCAGUUAUCGGGAGACGAAAAUCCUAGAUAUUCAGAGGAGUUAUCGUCUGGGGAGUUGGAUACUAGGGUUGAAGGUGUGCCUAUCGGGGAUAUUCAAUUGGAUGCAAAUAGAGUCCAUGUUGCUGAGUCGCUCGCCUCUGCUACUAUCGAUGAAAAACUUUUAGGUUUGGAAAAAGGCACCCCUGCUUUAGAAAAUGGAAUUACAUCUUCCUGGGAAGAUAAAUAUGUUUUGGAUGAUGCACAAGACAAUAAAACAUUUGAAUUUGAAGAUGCUCUGGGUUUGGUUCUAGGCAAUGAGGAAGGUCUGGCCACCAGUACACCUGAACCCUCAAGUGUUAAUCAAGUUGAAGAAGAUGCCACGGUGACGAGCUCUCUUGUUUCUGGCGACGAGUUGCCAUCGAAAUAUUUUAAAUCAUCAAGGAAGUCUCGUACCGAGGAAUGCACGAUCCCUACUAGGUCACCAAGUACAUGUAAUGAUGAUCCAAGCUUUAGUAAUCUACAUCCUGCGGACGUUAAUCCCAUCGAUGAUUUGAUUGGAAAUGAAAACUUAGACGGUUUGGAAGUAGCUCAGCAGAGUAAACUCUCGUCUCCAACUGUAGGGGAUGGAGGGCUUCAGCCUUUAAAUAUAGGUGGUACAUUGUUGAGUAGAAAAAAAGGCAAGAGACGAGGAACUGGUGAUGUUCAAACUACAGCGACACGAAAUAUUGCGCACACAGUGGGUGAUUGUGAGGAGCAGCUAUCCGCUGCUGUGGCUACCGUUAUCAAUGAGCUAUAUACUUGUGAUAUUCAACCGGUUAGAGGCCCAGACUCAAAUGAUUCCUCACAUGGUGUUCAGGACGAGAAGCAGAGAAGGGCAAAGGAGCAGUUGCAUUCGAGUUCUGUUAACCUGUCCUUUUUGAGUCCCAUGAUGAGACAGUAUGUGGAGACAAAACGACAAAGACCCAAAUUUCUGUUGCUCUCAAGGGUUGGGGACUUUUAUGAGGCAUUUUUCGAAGAUGCGGAAAGGUUAGCGCACGCCUGCAACAUACGCUUGUCGGGGGUGGAUGGAGGUAAGCUGCUGGAACGGAAGGUGCCAAUGGCAGGAGUCCCUUACCAUAAAGUUGAUGUUUACCUUCGCACUCUACUGAAAAAAGGCAUUUCUGUCGUCAAGCAAGAUCAGGUCACGGCUGCGGAUACUAAAGGCGGGACGAUAAUAGAUCGGCAAGUUACUGCAGUGCUCACCCCCGGCACUCUUUUAGACGAGGCCAUGCUGGAAGAUUCUUGCAGUAACUUCUUGGUUUCCAUCUUUCCUCAUGCUGAUGAAAAUGGAACUUGGGGUCUUGCUUAUGCUGAUAUUUCAACAGGAGAGUUCCAGGCAACACAAGGACAGGGUAGAUCUUCCUUGCUGCAUGAACUUCAGCGUUUACAACCUUCAGAGAUUAUUUUUCCAGCAAAUGUAGUCUGUACUGUAGACAAGAAAACUGAGAUACUACGACCGAUUGGCAUGCCGAGUGAAAUAUGCUACUCCAGUCGACCAACUUCAGAAUUCUUUCCAGCGGCUGCUGAGAAGAGAUUACAUGCUAGUUUUGGAGAGGAAUCCUUGAAGGCCUUUGGUGUGCCUCGAUCAUCUCAUGCUAUUCGGGCCGCAGGCGGCUUGUUGGGAUAUAUUCAGGAAACACAGAAACUUAGUAAUGAAGAGAUACCUCUUCAAUCGCCCAGCUUUUACUCCACUUUAGAUACAAUGCAUAUGGAUGACACUGUGAGGAAACAUUUGGAGUUGCUAAAGACGUCACGCUGGGAUAAGGCAGAAGGUUCUCUUGUAUGGGCUUUGGACCACUCGCAAACAGCUAUGGGGAGCAGAUUGCUUCGCCGUUGGUUGCUCUGGCCUCUCAUCGAUCAUGAGCUUAUCUGUAGACGACAAGAUGCCGUUCAGGUAUUUUUUCACAAUCAUGAAAUGAGGUCAGAGUUUCGCAGCAAACUAGCGCAUGUAUCAGAUGUCGAGCGUAUAGCUGCCCGCAUUGCGUGGAAGCGUGCUGAUUCAAGGGAUCUUUUGACUUUGGCUCAGUCGAUUAAGUGUUUGCCAAGCUUGGCAGAGCUCAUUGAGGGAGCAUCACUCAAUUCAUAUUUUGUUGCUGCUUCCCAGAUCCCCACUACUGCUGUACAAUGGGCCAACAAAGUUGAACAGAAUAUGAUAGCAGAAGAGCUAGGUAAUGGUCUACAAUCAGGCAAGCUGGUGAAGGAAGGUGUCGAUCCGACUUUAGAUGUUCUUCGUCAGAAAGUUCAGGAGAAUAUGAUUUGGCUUGAAAUGUAUGAGGAGCAGGAGCGGUUACGCAUUGGCAUACCGUCGUUAGAGGUUGGUUUCAAUAAGAACAGUGGCCACUUCAUCAGCAUCCGUAAGAACAAACUGAAGGAGGAUUGUAUUCCCAAUGACUAUCAGAAACUUCAGAGUUUGAAAGCAGAGGAGAGGUUUGUCACUCCAGAACUUUUGAAUUGUGAGUCGAGCUUAUUAGCUGCUGAAGCAAAGGUUUUCGAGCGUGAGGAAGAGCUUUUGAGAUCACUGAAGGAAGAGUUAGUAUCCUUAUUGGAGCCUGUCCGAGAGUAUAGUCAAACAGUGGCUGCCCUUGAUGUGCUUUGCACAUUCGCAGAACUAGCUGUGAAUAGGGACUAUUGCCGUCCACAUAUGCUGGAAAAAGGCCGAGAGAUCACAAUAAUUGAGGGUCGGCACCCUGUGGUAGAAUUAUCUUUACCAGAUGACUCGCGUUUUGUACCAAACUCCGUUUACUUAGGAUUUGAUGUUAUCACGGAGAAGAUACCUGCUACUGAACGCUAUGGACUCGGCGAGAAGCUUGAUGGGGCUGAAGCGAUGGAGGAACUUACAGUUGAAAGCGAGAAGUGGUGGCCACGUGCUGACCUUGUUUUAUUAACAGGGCCGAACGCUAGCGGGAAGAGCUGUUAUUUAAGACAAUUGGGACUUAUUCAGCUUAUAGCUCAAUCUGGCAGCUUUGUCCCUGCAAAAUUCGCCCGGUUAUCAAUAGCAGACGGGGUUUAUACACGUGUUGGUGCUGUAGAUGAUUUAGCUGCAGGUCAGAGUACUUUCCGAAUUGAGAUGGUUGAGUCUGCAAAUAUCCUCAAUCGUGCUACUGCCCAUUCAUUGGUUUUGCUGGAUGAAGUUGGCAGAGGAACCAGCUCACAGGAGGGAGGCGUUAUUGCUCGAGCAAUUAUCGAGUAUUUGUCACAGAUUGUGCGUGCAAGGACCAUUUUCUCAACUCACUAUCAUGACCUCCACAUAUUGGAUCAGGAUUAUCCCAACGUUGCAAACUACCAUUUUCAAGCAACUGAAUUGGAUAAUGGUGAAGUGAUAUUCGAUCAUGCUGUGAUGCCAGGCUAUGCUAUAAAGUCUCAUGCUAUUGCAAUUGGUAGAAGUGCUGGAUUACCGGAUUGGGUAUGUAGUAGGGCUACUGAACUUCUUGCCCUCGAAGAAGGGUUAUGUGCGAGCUCAGAUUCAUGUCGGGAACAAUCUGAUUUGGAUGUCCCACAAACCUAUGAAAACGAAGUGUAUGAGGAUCGUGGAAAUAACGAAUCGUACGACAAGAACCUUGCAAUUGGGCUUGAUGAGGUAGUUAAGGAUGCAAAUUGCAGUGGUGAGGCUCUGGCCUCAAAUAAGAGUUUGGAAUAUAAUGAGGGCAGGUGUAUUCCAAAUUUGAAAGGACUUGAAGAAAUGGAAUCAGAAGACUUGGAUGAUGAUCUAGACAAAACUGAAGGACAUAUGAAUGGAGAUGCAACAUCUCAUGUCUCCUCGAAAAUUCCUAGCAGUUUUGAUUUCCCAGAAAAUAUAGAGCAAUCAAUUGCUAUGGAUCAAGGAAGUUCUGACUUUGUAUCAUCAAUAAACUUGGAAGGCAAUGGAGAUGGUGCCUCAGAAAGCACCGGACAGCAUCUUCAAGUGCAAGUGGAAGUACAAGAUCAGUCAGAGGCACAUGCCAUACAAGAAGAAAAAUGUUAUUCAAGAGAGCAACUUGAUGAGGUUUGGGGGCAAGUGUACAUAGCCUUGCAAAAUCAGCCAGCUACUCAAGCGCUUUUGAAGCAAAAGGGAUCUUUGGUAUCAGUUAGCCUUUUAUUGGACGAAUUCCAGGUAUGUGUAAGUGCAUCUUCUCUGUUUGUGAGAAAGUUCCAGCAGCCGGAACAUUUUGCUACCUUGGAGUCUGCUUUUGCAUUAGUAUUGCACCAACCAGUUCAUCUUCGCAUAUCUGCGCGUACUGAUGGAUCGCCAUAGUAACCCACACUACAGUAUGGCUUCAAUUCUCCUCAGUUUCUUCGUCCUACUUGUCCAGUUGGCUGGAAAAGUCAAUUUAUUGUUGGUGAGGUUGAACAGGAAAGGCACAACAAAAUUCUGUAAUUCAUCUGAUUAGAUCAUUUUCACUAAUGUUUCUAUUUGAUCGUCUACCCUCUGCAAAAGUGGAAGAGGUAGCAUAGAGGUUCAUGAUUAUUUUUUUUAAGAGAGUAUUCACCGGGUACACACUUCUUUGGUACUUGAUCUAACUUGUUUCUGACUAGUGUCCAACAUGAAAAGAUUUGUAUCUUGUAUUUAUCCUGAAAGCUCAUAUUUAAAAACCGACAUCUUGAAAA